UCAUCAAAAAUGAAUAAACCGUCGGUGGCGGUGGCCACCAUUCCGUGCUCGUCUUCGUUUUCCGUACACGCGCCGGACGCGUCCAACAGCAGCGAUUUGGAGUGCAUCGAGGAAAAUGUGAUCAUCGAUGAAAUUACCGAAGCCGAGCCUACGUCUGUGACGUUACGUUUCUGUAAACGAAAGUUCUUCCGACCGUACGUGAUUAUCCUAACCGUAGCUGGUCUGCGGCCAAGCUCGUCCGACCUGGAAUUCCUGAGCCGCUGGUUCGGACAUCUGCAAACCAUCCUGGUGCUCGUUCUCCUGAUAAUCGGUUACAUGUUGCAAUUUUUGUGCGGAUUCAGACGUGACCACGGCUUUGUAGAGACGAGUCAAUCUUCUCCAAUCGCCACCACAACGCCCACGUGGACGACAACCAUCACCCACGUGCCAGAAGUCACCAAUCUGAGCUCCCACAAUUGGACGAUCCGUGAUCGUGGAUGGGUAAAUUCGACCCCAAACAUAAGCGACACGACUCACGUCGGGCUGCUGGCCUCAGGAGAAGCCAUCUUCAUCUAUCUCGUCCCGGCCCUGCUCCAUCUGAACGGCUACCUGCUGGCGGUGUACAUUUAUCGCUUCGCCGAUAACGAACAUUUGCAGAGUCUCGUCGAAAGGGUGUUCAUCCUCAGCAACAACCCACGCCGCCUCGUACUGAACCUCUGGCUGUACUUUGGACUGGGGCUUGUCUGGCUGGGCGCCUCCAUCGCCUACGUGAUGCUAGUCGGAACAGACGGGACCAACGUUUUCGAGCGUUUUUCGUCCUUCCGCUGGACUGCGGAACUGUGCCAGUGGACCUAUGCGGCUAAUCUGUUGAAGCUGCUACUGUCUCUUACGCUGUCUUUUCACGAUCUCGUGCAGAUGGUGGUGAUCGUCAGCUACGGACUCAUGUGUUACCUUCUGCGAUGUUAUCUGCAGGCGCUGAAAGAGAAGCUGUUGCUGCAUACGAUCGAGCCACUCAACUGGAUGAGAGAGAUCUGCGAGUUCCGGAAGCUGCUGCACCAUCUGAACACGAAAAUCUCUCUUCCGGUCGCCAGCCUGACGGUGCUCAACCUCAGCUACGCCGUCUCGAGCGUGGCGCAUCUGUUCCGCGAUAUGACGGCCUGUCCGAUUAACAUAUUCACCACCAGCCUGGCCAACACCCUGCUCUGGCUGGUCAUCGCGCUGCUGCCGUUCUUUCAGGCCGCCAGCCUAACCGUUACUUGCCGGCAGACGCAAUCCUGCGGCCAUCUGAUCAGCAUCCGCCCGUUCGUGCACCGGAACACGUCAUCCGAGGACCUCAACACCGUGCUGCUGUACGCGUCCUCGCUCAAGAUGUCGGCCAAACUGUUCCGCAUGCCCGUCAGCGUGCACUAUCUGUGCUUUCUCGUGCUCAUCUGCUUCAUCGGCGUGCUCACGUUCGGUAUGUGCCUCAACGUAUCGCUCGGUCGGUUGUGA